AUGGCAGCUCAAAGUUCUCAGUUUCAAGAAGAAACGAGGAGUAAUUUCCGAAAUACGGGUUCCCCCAUUAAAAAUCUGGAAAUUCAAAUGAGUCAGAUAGCACAGCAGUUAGCAAACUCUCAACAGCCGGGCGCGUUACCAAGUGCCACAGUUACCAAUCCUAAAGAUCAAAAUAAUGUGAGCGCUAUUGUUACUAGGAGCGGUAAAGGGGAAGGUGUAGUUGAAAAUAAUGAUGAGGAAGAGGAACCAUUGUUGGAGGUAGAUUUGGAGAUAAAAGAAAAUGAGGUAGAAGCUGAGGAAAUGGUCGUGAUGGAACCAACACCAAAAGGGAAGGCGGUUGAGCAAAAGCCGACAGUAAAACUUCCUUUUCCGAUAAGGAACAAGAAAAAAGGGCAACAUGAGAAGAAUUUUGAAAAUUUCUUGGAGAGGUUCAAGAAGCUGGAGAUUAAUAUUCCAUUCUUGGAGGCAUUAGAACAAAUGCCUACUUAUGAAAAAUUUAUGAAGGACAUCAUCUCCAAGAAAAGAACCAUCGAUCGUGACCCUAUUAUUCUAACUGAAACGUGUAGUGCUAUUUUGCAGGGUAUGAAGAUUCCGGUGAAGAAGAAGGAUCGAGGUUCCGUGACUAUUCCUUGUACAAUUAGGGAUAGGUCAUUCAAGAAAGCUCUAAUUGAUUUGGGAGAAAGUGUGAGCCUUAUGCCGUUGUCUAUCUACAAGAGAUUGGGGAUAGGUAACGUACAAGAUACAAGAAUGACACUCCAGUUUGCUGACCACUCUGUGAAAAGACCUUAUGGGAUAGUAGAAGACGUGCUUGUGAAAAUUGACAAAUUCGUGUUCCUAGUAGAUUUUGUGAUUCUAGAGAUGCCGGAAGAUGAGGAGAUCCCUAUUAUUUUAGGAAGGCCAUUUCUAGAGACAGGACGAUGUUUGAUAGACAUUGAAGAAGGCACAAUGACUUUGAAAGUUUAUGAUGAAGAGCUAAAGAUUGAUGUGCGCAACACCAUGAAGUACAAGGAUGAUAUAGCAACUAGUCAACACAUUGAGGUGAUUGAUCAAAUCCGUACUAAUGAGAAUUCUUUGAAAACACAACAAUUACCUUUGGAAAAAGUGUUGAGCUUAUCCAUUUGCGAUAAAGAUGAAGCUGCUGAUGAAAAAGAAGUGGAAGUAGUGGCCAUGAUGGAAGCAAGUCCCAUAUUCAAAAGUUCUAGACAAAACCGGUGGGAGGAUCUUAGACAACCUUUGGUUGAAGAAAAAAAGGAGGAACCUAAGAAGGGUGCUGAACUGAAACAACUCCCGGAGAACUUAAAAUAUGUUUUCCUUGAUGCUGACAGUAGGUGUCCAGCUAUCAUAAGCUCUCACCUUGAACGGUUGCGAGAAGUUAAGUUGGUCGAAGUGUUAAAGAAGCAUAAAAGUGCCAUGGGGUGGUCUAUUGAAGAUUUAAAAGGGAUCAGUCCUACAAUGUGCAUGCACAAAAUCCUCAUGGAAGAUGAUCACAAGCCAGUGGUCCAACCUCAGAGGAGGUUGAACCCAGCAAUAAAAGACGUGGUGAGAAAAGAAGUUGUGAAACUUUUAGAUGCUGGGAUGAUUUACCCGAUAUCUGAUAGUGCUUGGGUAAGCCCAGUUCAUGUUGUGCCCAAGAAGGGAGGAACAACCGUAAUAAAAAAUGAGAAGAAUGAGUUGAUUCCAACAAGGACUGUCACAGGGUGGAGAGUAUGCAUUGACUACAGGAGACUGAACCUAGCAACCAGAAAAGAUCACAUCCCGCUACCUUUUAUUGAUCAGAUGUUGGAAAGGUUAGCGGGACAUGAUUACUAUUGUAUCCUCGACGGGUACUCGGGAUAUAAUCAGAUUGCGGUUGCACCAGAAGACCAAGAGAAGAUCACGUUUACAUGUCCGUUUGUCUUUGGUAAGUAA